CCAUCCCUCCUUCCCCAGGUCGUCUGUGGCGUGUGAGAGAUGGCGUGGGUCCUGUCUGUGCUGGUGUUCCUGGUGCUGUCAGUCCACAGCCGGCCCUCUCUGGGCUGCCCCCACGGCUGCCGCUGCUACAGCCUCACGGUGGAGUGUGGCUCCACGGGCCUCAGAGACUUCCCCCCCCACGUGCCCCCCUCUGCACAGACCAUCUUCCUCCAGGAUAAUGCCAUAGGUCAGAUCAGAGUACAGGAUCUCUCCCACCUGGGCCACCUUCACUACUUGUAUCUACAGAACAACAGCAUCUCAGCCCUGGAGCCCGGAGCCUUCCGGAACCAGAAUCUGCUGCUGGAGCUGGCACUCAACGGCAACCGCAUCCAUCUGCUGACUGCAGACAUGUUCCGAGGCCUGGAACACCUCCGUAUCCUGUAUCUGGCAGGAAAUGACAUCACCCGCCUGCAGGACUACACCUUCAGAGGCCUACAGCGUCUGCAGGAGUUGCACCUGCAGCAGAACAGCAUCGAGCUCCUGGGGGACCAGGCUCUGGUGGGCCUUACCUCCCUGGCCCUGCUGGACCUGAGCAGGAACAACCUCCAGACCAUGGGCCCCGCCACCCUCCGACCUCUGGUCAGCCUGCAGGUCCUGCGGCUCACAGACAACCCGUGGCGCUGCGACUGCGCCCUCCACUGGCUGCGCAGCUGGAUCGACGAGGAGGGCCAGCGUCUGCUCAGCUCGGCCGAGCGUCGGCUGGUCUGCACGGAGCCGCCCCGCCUCUCCCACCUCAGCCUGGUGGAGGUGCCCCUCAACAGCCUGGUGUGCAUCCCCCCGCUGGUGCAGCUGGAGCCACGCCGCCUGGCCGUGCGGUUGGGCGAGAGCCUGCGGGUGUCCUGCCACGCCUCGGGCUACCCCCGGCCCCAGGUGACCUGGAGGAAGGCCUCCCUGGGCAAGCUGCCGCUGGCCCCCCGCGGCCUGGUGCAGGAUCUGGGGGGCAGCGGCGCGGCCGGGAGCGGGGGCGGAGGGGCGGAGAACGCGGCGGGCCACCCGGGGGAGGAGAGGGUGAGGCUGCAGAAGGGGGACGGUGGCGAGAGGUUCGAUCCCGACACGGGGAGCGGGAUGCUGUUCCUCAGCAACGUGACGGUGGCUCACGCCGGGCUGUACGAGUGCGAGGCCUGGAACGCCGGGGGCGUGGCCCGGGUGACCUUUCAGCUGGGCAUCAACUCUUCUUCCUCCUCGUCCUUCUCAUCUCCCUGGGCCCCCGUCUCACCCUACGCCCCCUCCUGGCCCCGCCUGCGCUCCUCCCGCCCCGCCGCGUCGGACGUGAGCCGCGAGCCUCUGUACGCCCUCGGCAGCAUGGCCUUCAGUGCCCUCGGAGCCGCCACACAGACCGCCAUCGCCAUCGGGAUCUCGCUGCUCGCCCUCACCGCCCUCCUGCUGGUCGCCAUGAUCUACGGUCGCCAGCGGCAACGCCAGAAGGAGGCGGAGGACAAGGAGGAGAGCAUCCUGUACGUCAACGACUACUCCGACGGCCCCACCACCUUCGCCCAGCUGGAGGAGUACCGUGACGAGAGGGGCCACGAGAUGUACGUCCUGAACCGCGCCAAACCGGUCCUCCCUCCGCCGCCCCACACCGCCGUGACCACCGCGCUGGGCUACCCCCAGCCGGAGCCCCCCUCCCCUCCCUCUUGCCCCGCCAAGCUCCAGUCUCAGGGCGAGCCUGACAUACGGACCAUGAGGAGGAUGGCGGGGGAGGGAGGGGAGGCGGAGCCCGUCACCACGGCGGAGUCCGAGGGCCUGUUCCUCAACCACACCGGUCUCUUCCUCGACUCGCAGAUAGCGUACGAGAUCCACUGCUGAAGAGAGGAAGACUGCGAGGAAGAGGAGGUAAGGAUGAACAAGUGUGGGUGAAUCCUCUGAACUAUAGGGACAUGGGUUGAGGAGCAGCGGGAUCGGGGUGUCGUCCCUCUAUGGCCUGAUGUGACCGGAGGACCUAGAGAUCUCCUGAAACCCUGGAAACUGUGAUACGCUCACCAGCAUGGAGGUGGAACUGGCCCUUAAGCUGACUAGCUCAGAACAACCAACUGUCCUUCACUAGAUAAGUCCCUUUAUUUAACUGGGAUUUGUGGAGUGGUGUGGCAAAUUGAUUGGAAGCCUUCCAACCAAGAACUGCUGAUGCUGCGUUGUAUCUUGCUGUGAGAGAAGAGGAAGGAUAUCAAAGUGUGGGUUCGUUCAGGGCAGUUGUUUUGAAGAAAUGUGUUGUGGACAAGCCAAAACAUAAUCCAGCCAAACAGAAAUACUGUUGUGUUGUGUCUCCUUACCCACUUUGCCUCUUUUAACAUACGAACCUAACAGUUGUGUGGAUCCAAGAGCAGGCUCCACUGACCUGCUGUAUCUCACCUGACCCAGAUCAAGAAUAAAAACGCACAAAACUCACCGAAAUUGUGUAGAAUCUGUAAUAUCUUACAAUGGGUUUCUCUGAGACAUUAUACAGAUCGAACCCAAUUCCCCAUUUUCUACUGCAUAGUGUAAUCUCCAAAGAUUUCUUUGGUCAAAUUAUGUCGAACCUCUUGGAUCUCCUCCAGUUUCUUCUCAUCGUAUUAUUGGCUAAGUUUCCUGAAAAUGUGUAAGAUGUGAACUUGCAUGGAGAGGCAAUAUUACAUUGGAGUGCAUUAUGAGAUAGUAAAUGUCAGCCAUAUAAAUGCGAAAAAUAUUUUAUAACUAGCCUAUGAAAGUAAGGCUUGCUUCUUUAUCAACAAGUUUUUGUUGCCUGUAAAAUUACAGGUUGCCUCAUGUGGCCUCCCAGUCUCCCAAAAAUAUUUUCUUAUGUGUUCCCUUUAUUCACAUGGUCACGUGUUUCAGUUGCAUUUCAUUUCAGUUUACCUCAAUAAGUCUAGUUACUGUACAAUCUAUGUGUAAAAUGUGUUGCCUGUUGGCCCAUUACUCCCAGCACAGUGUGGAGCCUGUGUGGUACGUUCUGUGUGCUGUGUACUGUGAAGCUGCUCUUACAAAUAUUUAAAUAUGUAGAGGGCAUCUAAUCCCUUAACAUUGACAGAAACAUUCUUCAACCUGUGAUUUUGGCUUCCAUAUGUAGAACAUUUUCAUAUUUUGCUAAUAUGAUUAUUGCCGGAACGGCUCUACAUACAACCAAAAAGGGCGGUUUGCAUUUCUACUACGUUAAACUAUCGAUUUAUGAAUUUUGUCUCGAUGUUAUUUAUGUUCCAGCUACAUAUUGAUUUCCAAAUAAAUUACAACUUAUUGAUGUGU